AUAAUUCAUUCUUUCCCUUGUCAUUUAUGAAAUCCACAAUUGGCCCUAAACACAUGAGAUAUAAUUUCAAAUAGGAUUAUUAUUGAGAUAGAAUAGGGUUCCAUAGAAUAGAACAAGCAUAUGCGUGUUUGUGAACAAGCUUGGUCGAACAUGGUUCUGGUCGAUAUCUGAAGAAGCAGGUUCUGCCAUGGUGUUUCUGACCUUGAUUUGAAGGUUGGUUGAGGAAGGGAAGGCAGAUUGGUCGCGAAUCGAAGAAGCUUGGUCGAAGAAGUGAAGUGGGGCAUAUUGAUUUUUAGCAAAACAGAUCUGGAAUUUGAUGAGGGAAUAGGUGACAACUGUGCACUUAAUGAGCAAGAAGACUAUAUUGAUGAUGGAGGGGUAGAAGCGGAUUUGGAAGAACCAGAUUUGAAAGAAGAGGAACGGGAAGAAGACGAAUUGGAAGAAGAGGACUGGCAAGAAGAGGGUGAGCCUUCUGAAGAUGAAGAUGAAGUGGUUAGAAACCAACAACCUGAAAACUAUGAAUCUGAAAAUGAGUUUGGGGGUCAAUUGCUUAGAAGACAUGGGGAAAGUAAAUUAUAAGGAAUUAGUAGUUGAUGAUUUAAUUAAAUAUCACUUUCCAUACCGUGACUUUGCAUUCAAUUUCUAUAGCGGGUAUGCUAGAAUGCACGGUUUUGCUGCUCGCAAGUGUAGGCUGUUCAGAAACAAAUAUGGAGAAAUUGUUCAACAAACAUUUGUGUGCUAUAGGGAAGGAAAAAAGAAAGACAUGUUUGGCAAUGAUAGAACGAGGAAGCGACGAGCAAGGAAAGGUACACGGUCUCAAUGUCAGGCUCAUUUUCAGGUGCAUGUUGAUAAAGGAGACAACCGGUGGUAUGUGAAAUCUGUUUUUGAUGUACAUAAUCACAUGCUUGUGAAUGGUAAUAUGAUUGGAUUGGUACCUGCACAUCGGAGGAUGCAUGAAUCAGACAUAUUGCAAAUGAACAACUUGAAGAAAGCUGGGGUUAGAACUCCGCAAGUUUAUGGUGUCUUUGUUGGUCAAAUGGGUGGUUAUGAAAAUGUAAAUUUUAGCAAGCAACAGAUGUACAAUAUAGAGUUUAGCCAGAAAAGAAAGGAGGCCAUUAAAGCAAGAGGUGUUUUGGCGAUCUUACGUGGGAUGAAAGAAAAUGAUGAUGACAUGUUUUGGAAACACACAAUUGAUGACAAUAAGGAGCUGAAGAAUUUGUUUUGGAGUGAUGGGUGUAGUCGAAGGAAUUACUCUAUAUUUGGUGAUGUAUUGGCUUUUGAUGCCACAUAUAGGCAGAACAAAUAUAGACGUCCAUUGGUUGUUUUCUCUAGUGUUAAUCAUCACAAGCAAACCAUUUUUUUUGCUACUGCUUUAGUGUCUGAUGAGAAAGUGGAGACUUAUGUGUGGUUGUUAGAACAAUUUUUAGAUGCCAUGGGAGGAAAGCUCCAGUAUCUGUCAUCACUGAUGGUGAUCCAUCAAUGGAGAAUGUAAUCAAACAAGUCUUCCCAAAUGCACAUCACAGAUUGUGUGCGUGGCAUCUGCUACAGAAUGCUACAAGAAAUGUUGAGGAUCCAAAAUUCACUUCCAUGUUUAGUCGUUGUAUGUUGGGGGACAUUGAAAUCCGUGAAUUUGAGAGAAUUUGGGCUGAAAUGGUUUCUGAAUGUGGUGUUGAAGACGAAGAAUGGGUCAUGGAUUGGUAUGAGAAGAGGCAUAUGUGGGUGAGUUUUUUGCAGGAUUUAGAACCACAUCCCGGGUUGAGGAUUUACAUGAGCAAGUUGGGAGGUUUGUCAACAGUUGGAACAACUUCUCAGAUUUUAUGCAUAACUACAAUCGUUAUUUGAGCUAUCAAAGAUUUAGAGAGCUUGAAGCUGACUUCAAAUCAAUGCAUGGUGAUGAUGUCUUGGAAACUCCGCUGCGAUCACUUGAAAGGGCAGGUUCGAAGUUGUACACAACUACCCUUUUCAACUUGUUUAGAGGUGGGCUGAAACGGUCAUUGAUUGCAAGGGUCCGUGUUGGGAAGGACACACCAACUUGUGUGACUUACUUUGUCUCAAAGUAUUGCUUGGCUGGUAGGAAAUGGCAUGUUUCUUUAUGGACCUCCACAAUGGACUUCAAGUGCUCUUGUAUGAGGAUGGGAUCGUACGGUAUUCCAUGUGAUCACAUUAUUGCAGUUAUGGUUGAGCUUGAUAUAGUUGACAUACCAAAGUCAUUGGUAUUGGAUCGGUGGACCAAAAAUGCUAAGGAAUUAAUUGAUGGGCUGAAUAGGGACCAAUCUAAUGCAUGGGGCCCUUUGAUGGCUUGUAGAUUUUCAUUAUUAAGAGAAAAUUGUCAGCGUUUGUGCAAGGUAGCUUCUCUUACACCUAGGAUUUUGCUGAGAAAAAUGACAUGUUGGUUGGUCAAAGUAAAAAGCUUGAAGUUAUUCAUGCACCAAAUAAGCAGCCAUUGGUUAAUUUUGUUGAAGAUAAAUAUGUACGUAACCCACCUGUGCAUAGGAGAUCUGGAGCCGGAGCAAUUACUUCUCAGGGAAGAGGAAGAGGGAGAGGGAGAGGAAGAGGAAGAGGGAGGCGUGCAAAUAACUGUGGUAUGUGUGGUGGAGAAGGUCACAACCGUCAAACUUGCCCAUCUAGAUUUGUUGAAGGUGACAUAGAGGAUGAAGACACGGCUGAAGAUGAUGAAGAUGAGAUAGCAAUUUCACUUGAAUAGGAUGUGCUAGUGCACCUUGAUGUGAUGUAUCACAAAUUGGUCCAGAUCUAGAAUGUUCCUCUCAAAUGACACAUAAUGGAUCAGUUGUUUAUGUUUGUUGAUUUAAGUUUUAAGUAUUAAGACAAUUUCAUAUUGAAUUGUUUGUGUUUAAGUGUAUGUUGUUUAAGUGUUUGUGUAAGACAUGUUUGUGUUUAAAUUUAUGUUUUUAUGAUGGUUUUAUGA